GCUGCCUCCAUCCCUCACUCUCCCUCCGAUGUGGCGGGGGGGAGCAAAAAAAAAAAAAAACAAGGAGUGGUUGUGUGAUUCCCGCUUAGCGCACGAGACAGAGAAACGGCAUGAGGGUGGAGGAAGAGGAGGAGGAAGAGGUGGGUGCCCCCCCCCAACACACACGCGCACUCCGGCAUGGAUCCAAUGUGGAACAAACGGAGCGGCUUCUUCUCCGAAGCAGUCGGGAGCGGUGCUGUCUCCUUACAACAACACGAAAGAGGAUGAGGACGGUGAUGAAGAGCGGGAGGGCCUCUCGGCUCCACUCUCGACCACGGGUAUUCUUGGGUUGAUAAUACAGAUGUGGAUGUUAUUGCUUGAGAAUACGCGUAGUCGAGUGGAGGCUUUGUCUUCCCGAGGACAUUCGAUAUAAAUUUGAAAAACUCGUGCAAGGUUUAUGAAGCGUGUCCCUCUUAGCACCUGUAGAGGAAAUGAGUUUGCGCGCAUCUCCUGCGAGAGGCGCUGACGGCGACGACCUCCUAACACUAAGCUCAACUCCCCACAGGCAUUAUUAGUUCAGGGAGAUGAACGCUCCAGUCACACGUUCAUUACAAACCUUCGACUACUCAGUCACUUGUGCCCUCCAGGAGAAACACAGAGAGAGAGACUAUAAUCGUAUUACUGCAGGGAUGUCAGUGAUGUGGACAGUGAAGGUGGUGGGUCUGGGAUUUGUGGCCUUCUCCCUCAGUGUGGAACUGCUGCUUAAGCUCCUGCGGCGCCUCAAGGCACCGCCGACUCUGAACGAGGUCCUCUUCUUUCCCUCAAAAAUGGUCUGCAUGGAGCACAUCUUCUCUCCCUCUUCCCCCAACUCCUGUCACUGCCCGUUGCCUCAUGGUGUAGAGACGUCCUUCACCCGUCUUCUCCGCAUCAUCCUGUCAGCGACCUCCUCUCUGGACUUGUGUUUGUUUUCUUUUUCCAACAUGGAAUUGAGUAGGGCCGUUCUGUACCUGUACAAACAAAAGAUAACUAUCAGAGUCCUUGUGGACAAGACCUACUCCAUCAUGACUGGCUCCCAGGUUGGAGCCCUCCGCAGGGGAGGGAUCUGCGUGCGCAACGUGGGCCGCUAUGUGCACAUGCAUCACAAGUUUGCUGUGGUGGACGGCCGACGCCUCAUCACAGGCUCCCUCAACUGGACGCUGGCGGCGGUGCAGCGCAACGCAGAGAACGUCCUGGUCACCGAGGAGCCGCGUCUGGUCCAACCCUUCGUCGAAGAGUUUUGUAGGUUGUGGGCGGACAGCGACCCAGCUCGGAAUAGACCUAUAAUGAUUAGCGCAGUGUGAUAGUCAGAAAAAAAAAAAAAGGCAGUUUUGAAGGAUUUGUGUUGAAUUCCUAAUAAGAGUUAAAUGGGACACAUAUUGACAUAGCAUCACAAAGCGUGAAAAGCAUUUACAUUCGCAACAUUUUGUUCAUAUUCUUAAUAUUAAGCGGGUUUUCAAAGUUUUGUACUUUUGUAAUUUGUGAUUACAUUUUUAAAAGAUACGUGGAUGACAACAAAAGUUAAGUCAAGUCAAAGCUUCAGUUUUUCAAUGGAAAAAUUGGUUACUUUGCCUCAAGGUAGUCACGAAAAUGUUCUCUCUAAUGUGGCCAAAGGGUGUCAGAAAUGAAUGGACCCUCACUUUUUGUUUUCUUUGAUAAAAUGUUGUUUUAGGUACCACGUCUUUUUGGAUCUUAGUCCCCAUUUUAUUUGUUUUAAACAUUUUAGCUUUGUGGCGGUUCACGUUAUUUCUGUGUAUCACCAAAGCUUGGGUUUGAUUUUGUGUUGUAACAGCUGCUUUUUCAGAGAAUUGUUGUUGGAAUCAUUUCAGAAUGACUUAUUAAGACUGUGUUUAUGUUUACUGUGUUUUAUGGGCAGUCUCAGUACCAAUUAAAUCCAAAUUGUUUUUCAGCAUGUCAA